AUCAAUACAAAAUGAAAAACAAAAACUUAACCUAAAACCCAAACCCCUAAACUUCUCCCCAUUUCCCAGCAACCCAUCCCAUCGCAGCAAUGCGCUUCACCAUCUUCUCCCUCCGCCACACCACCCCUACUGCCCACCGCCACCAUCUCCGCACUCUCUUCUCCGGCACAUUCACCCUCGUCCGCGACCGCGGCCUCGACCACGCCGUCGAACGCGAAAAGAAUCUCAAACCUCUCCUCACUCUCCUCUCCCUCAUCAACAACGAACCCACCAAAUCCCUCCCCAUCUCCAUCAUCAAACAAUCCCGAUCCCUCAACCUCCCUUUCCGCCCCAUCGAAUUCAUCCGCAAAUACCCUUCCGUUUUCGAAGAAUUUUACAACAAUGGUUGCACUUUUGAGCCUCAUGUUAAACUCACAGCAAAAGCUAUUGAUCUUAAUGCCGACGAAAAGUUCUUGGUUGCUAGUGAUGUUUUUAAGAAAGAUGUUGCUGUUAGGGUUUUGAAAUUGUUGAUGAUUGCGAAAGGGAAUAAGAUUCCUUUGAGUGUUGUUGAUGGUUUGAAAUGGGAUCUUGGUCUUCCUGAUGAUUAUGUUAAGUCUGUUAUUCCAGAGUUUCCGGAUCAUUUUCGCGUUGUUGGUGUCGAUAAUAAUGCUGUUUUGGAACUGGUUUGUUGGAGUAAAAAACACUCUGUGUCGUUUUUGGAGAAGAAAUAUGGCGAUAAAGCGAAAGGGCAAGGGAAGGAAUUGGGUUUUCCGGUGCAAUUUUCGACGGGUUUUGAGAUGGAUAAGAAGUAUGAGAAAUGGGUGAAGGAGUGGAAUGGUUUGAGGUAUGUGAGUCCGUAUGAGAAUGGGGUGAAUUUGAGUGGUUCGAGUGAGGAAUCGGAUAAGUGGGUUGUUGGGGUUUUACAUGAGAUUUUGAAUCUUUUGGUGAGUAAAAAGACGGAGAAAGAUAAUGUUUUGAUGAUUGGUGAGUGGUUGGGUUUAGCAUCGAGGUUUAAGAGGGUGAUUUUGCAGCAUCCGGGGAUAUUUUAUGUGUCGAGUAAGAAUAGGAUGUAUACCGUUGUUUUGAGAGAUGGGUAUAAGAGGGGUUUGCUUGUUGAGGAUAAUCCGGCGAUGGAGUUUAGGAGGAGGUAUAUUCAUUUGAUGAAUACUGUUAAGGAAGAUAGCAAGAACGAUAAGUCUGAGAAGGGGAAAACAAGUUCAAAAGAGGGUAGUUUGAAAGAGGAUGAAGGUAAGGUAGAAGAGGAAGAGUGUGACGAGAAUCGCGGGGAGGAGGAAGAGGAAGAGGAAGGGAGUGGUGAGGAGUGUUCUGAUGAUGAAGAUGAGGAUGCUAGUGAAACCGUCGAUGAUGAUGAAGAGGAGGAGUCGAUGGGUACUCGUAAAAGCUCUGCCAAUAGAAGGGGAAGAAACAACUUUGUUGAAAUGAAUUCUGCCAAUAGAAGGGGAAGAAACGUGGCGGAAACGAAUUCUUCCAAUAUAAGGGGAAGAAACUUUGACAAUAAAAGGGGAAGAAACUUUGAGGAAUCAAAUUCUACCAACAGAAGGGGAAGAAACUUUGAGGAAUCAAAUUUUACCAACAGAAGGGGAAGAAACUUUGAGGAAUCUAAUUCUACCAAUAGAAGGGGAAGAAACUUCGAGGAAUCUAAUUCUACCAACAGAAGGGGAAGAAACUUUGAGGAAUCUAAUCCUACCAACAGAAGGGGAAGAAACUUUGAGGAAUCGAACUCUACCAAUAGAAGAGAUAGAAAUUUUGAGGAAUCCAAUUCUAACAAUAGAAGGGGAAGAAACUUUGAGGAAUCAAACUCUACUAAUAGAAGGGGAAGAAACUUUAAGGAAUCGAAUUCUGCCAACAGAAGGGGAAGAAACUCUGUGGAAAUGAAGUUAGGUACUGAAAAGCCUUCGAGAGAUUCUCGUAGAGAGAGAUCAGGUGAGAAGCUUAUGCGGUCAACGUGGGAGAAGAAUGCAUCAGAAGUGUCUAAAAGAAUGCAAAUGCGAGGUGAACAUAAAGAUGUUGAAAAUUCGCCGCAUCGAUCAAGAUCCACUAAAAGCAGAGAGGGGUUAUUAACUGUUAAGAAAACCGUUGUUUAGUGAAGAUAUAUCUGUUACUCAAUUGAUGUGCAGAAACGCAAUUGCCAUCGGCAUGAUUUUUUUUCUCCGAUUAGCCCUGUUCUUUCAAAGGGAGGACAUUAUAUUUCAUAAAAGGGUAGUUUUGGUAUGCUCUGAUUACUCUGCAUGAUACUACAAAUCUACAAUAACUUUAAAGGGAACUUCAGAGUUCAGAUAUUAUUUUCAACAGGGCUGCUACUAUUCUUAGUCAAGUGUAAGAUGAGAAAACCAACAAGCUUGUACCUUGUAUGUCAAUUUACAUUUGCAACUGUUUCA